UAGAGUUAUCAAAUCACGGCUGAUCGCGGAGCGGACAUUUGUCAGGAGUGAGAGCGCAAACGAACGAACCUUCAAACACACACACAGCAGCCUUGCUUGCGAGGAGGGCCGCACUUCCCGUCGUCGUCGUCGUGAACGUUCCUUCGCCCAUCUCCCGUGAAUUUCGUCGUCGGCAGGGUGCGCGAUGGAGACGUACGAGAGCGUCCUCCUGGUGAAGUCCGAGGUGUUCGUCUUCAAAAUCCCACCAAGGUCGACCAACAGGGGUUAUCGGGCGGCCGAUUGGAACCUGCAGGAGCCCUCCUGGACCGGGCGCAUGAGAUUGGUGUCGCAGGGCGACAGCAUCACGAUAAAGCUGGAGGACAAGAUCACGGGCGAGCUGUUCGCCAAGUGUCCGAUCGAGCAGUACCCCGGGAUAGCGGUGGAGCCGGUCACCGACUCGUCCAGAUACUUCGUCCUGAGGAUCCAGGACGACAACGGACGGUCAGCGUUCAUAGGUGUCGGCUUCUUAGACAGGUCUGAUAGCUUUGAUCUGAAUGUUGCUCUUCAGGAUCACUUUAAGUGGUUGAAGAAUCGGGAGCAGAUCGAGAAGGAGAAGGAGAAGCCAAAACAGGAGUUGGAUCUCAGAUUUAAGGAAGGCGAAACUAUCAAGAUUAAUAUGAAGAUUACCAAAAAGGAUGGCAGCGAGGUUGCGUCCAAGUCCAGACAACGUACCAAUCCAGCCGUGGGUCUACCGCCUCCUCCAGGUGGUGUCAAGAUUGCUCCACCACCAGCGAAGACCCCUACUUCCUCACCGGCGCACAAGCCACCACAGAGUCAAAAUCCAGAUGGCACGAGUUCAGAGUGGGGCGAGUUCGCCAGUGCUUCACAGUCGGCAUCGGCAUCAGCGUCGGCGCCAGCAUCCGCACCAGCACCAGCACCUGCACCCACAGUGGCCAAUGCCAGUUGGGUGCAAUUCUAACUUUUAAAAUAUAUGUAUAUAAUAUUAUACAUAGAUAUUUACUUUAGUAUGUUAGUGAUUUUGAAAUUAAUGGUCAAGCUUUAGAAAUGUUUCACUCAUCUUGAGGAUUGCUAAAAGUUGAAGUUAUGCAGUAACGAUCUCGAAUCGACAUCAUAUAGAUCACUGAAAUCAUUGAAAAUUUUUGAUGUUAAUAAACAUCUUAAUUAUCUUAAUUUUCCAAUGCCUGAACAGACUGAUAGUUUAUUUAUAUGUUGUCAUACAGUAUUAAACCGAUGUGCAUGUCUAUAUAAAUUUAUAUCUUGUUUUUCUAUAGCUAUGGCAAGGAAAGGUUUUAUAUAAAUCAAAAAGAAAGUUAAUACGAAUUUUUACUCGAUAAAAACAAUAGAGGACAAAUAGAAAUGGCCAUUUGAGCAAAAAAAGAUAAUAUAAAAUAAGAAAGUGUUUUCAAUCUGUGCUAAUAACCUUUUUUUUUCUAAAUGAACAGAAUAUCUGAAAUUUGACCAUUUAUGCUGAAGUCACUCUUGUAUAUUAAAGUAAAUGAAAUAAUUGAUUAUACACACAUAUGACAUGAUAGACGUAUUAAGCUAGAGAUUUUAAGGUGACUAUUGAAAGGAUGUCUAUGAAUAAUGGAGAGUCUGAUGUAUAUUUUCCAAUACUGUGUAGUGUGCAAUGAAAAUUAUAGCAACAUUCGUGAGAGGGUGAUAUUUUUUUUUUAGUGUGAAACAGGAAGUCUUAGGAAAAAAACUUUUAUAUCAAACUUGUCUAAGAAAAAUGUUUUUAGAAAUGAGAAUCAAACUAUUAAUUAAAAUUUACUUUCAGAGGUAUGAUUUGUUAUUUUCCGAAAAAAAAUUUUAUCUUGCGAAAUAAUUUAUGUUAAUUUUUUUUAUACUUUAAAUUUCCCUCUUCUCGAUUGUUGUACGAUUUUCCAGCACUCUAUAUAAUAGUAUUGUACUUAUAAAUACCAUUCGCGAAAAUUCACCUCAAUUGCUUUUGGACAUUCAAUGUAUUUGGAGAUAGCAUAAUUUUUUGUAUGUGUAAAUGUCGAUAUAUAUCAGAUGCAUUUAGUGCCUUGUACAAACUAGUCCAAUAAAUUAGAGGCAAAUUCGAGGCAAAUCGCAAUAGUUAAUAUAUAAUAUGUGUAUUUAGUACUUACAGAGGCACGGUGUAACAUUCGAUUUAUCCAUCGCGGUUUUCAACUUGUCCAAACGUGAUAUAUUGGAUGAUUUCAGUCUGAUUAUACAUACAUAAACAAAAACAUUCUUUUUAGCAUUCGAAUAAUGAUUUUAACAGUUUUUUAUUUGCACACAAAAAGACGUUAAGAAUGAAUACAUUCUUGUAUAUCUGCAAAUUUUGCAACAAAGUCCUUUAUUAGUAAUUAUAAGUGCUUUAUAUAAUUUGUUUCAGAAAUUGAACUUUGUAUGGUUGCAAAAUACCGGUGAGUCGAAUGCUGUUUUUUUUGUUAGAUCAUGUUCAAUAUACAUCUUAUUUAUUCGUUAUUAUAUUAAUUAAUACUGUCAAGAAGCAGUAUUCAAUCCUAAGAAAACCUCAAAUUUCCUAAGGACGCUUUUGUUAUCUUUUUACAAUUAAACUUUUUUGUAUCUAUAAAUUAUGACUGUUUAUAUUUCAGAAUUUUGCAAGGUAUGAAUGUAUCAUCAAUAAAAUUUGCGAAAAUUGAUAUCAUUUAUGUAUGAAGUGAUAAUCUUUAUCAAUUACUGACGUUUCGAUAGAUUAUAAAUUUUAUAGCAGAAUCGAAUGAUAUAUUUUAUUUUAUUUUUUCAAUACUAACUUGUUCUUUUUCCAGUAUUUUUUCUGUUGCAAAUAUUUGUUCACCGAUUAUUCAAGAAGGUAUAUAACACGUUACAUAUCCAAUAUAUAAUAACAAUAUAGUAUUUGGCCUCGACCGUUAGCUUGCAACAUGUAAAUACUACAAGGCCUAUUGUCAAGAUAAGGCCUAAUUCCCUCAUACAUUGAGUGUCCAUAAAGUUGUUCAUUCUAUUUUAAAUAAAUUUUGAGCCAAGCUAGGUUUUGAGAAAAACAGCAGCAAAGUAGUAGUAUAUUUUAAAUUCAUUAUUUUUUUUAUCUCUAAGCUACUUCGUUUUUCGUCUCGCAUGUGUUGAAAAAUUCUUGCCUCAAGGAGAAUAUUCGACGAUAUUACAAAAGAAGUAUUUUUACAUUUUUUCAAAUACGUUUUAUCCCAGUCGUGAGAAAACUAAAAACGAUGAAGAAACUACAUCUCGAAUUUUGUAAAUUCCUAUUAGAUCUUAUAAGAUAUAAUUAAACUUUUCCAUUCAAUAAGCAACAAAAAUAGAUAUUAUAACUUAUGUUUAUCGAAUUAAGCUUUACUUCUCUUUCAAAUCUUUGACGGUAGUAUUCGUAAACUAUUAUUUUACAUCUACAUAUCUCAUAAGCAUUAUGUAUAAGUUAUUGAAAGGAUGUUAUACUGGAAAUGUUUUAAACACUUGUCUGAGGAGUAUGUGUAAAAAAAAAUUCGCGACGUAACGAGAAACAAUUGUCUCUCCAGUGAAAGGUAGAAUCUUCUAUACCAUCUCGUUAAUUAGAACAUAAAUUGUACAAUGUUAUUUACAUUACCCCGUGCUAAAUUUUAAUGUAAAAUGUAGAAUAACCUUGUUGAACAUAUUGUUAGUGUGAAUCUUGUUGAAUGAAUGUUUAGAUGCAAUUUCAUAUUACAUAUAUUAUUUCUCUUUAUUUAUAGGAACUGUCUCAAAGAAGUGCGAAGUGACAGCGGAAAAUAAGUUGUUAUACAUAUAUGUUAGCACCGAAUCAAAGAGUAAUGUUUAAUGUUGAACGUUAAGAGAGAUGCGUGUAAUAAAAAUAUUAUUUUUAAAGAACUCUAGUAUGAUCGGUAGAUUUGUUGAUGUUAAUGAAAAUUUUGUUACAGAGAGAUAGGUAUUAUAAUACUUAAAACACCUAAGAUCAAAUCAUUCAUUAUUACGAACAAUACGAGUAAAAGUCAGAUAUUAAUUUUUAUUUCAGAAAUAAUUUUUAAUUUCCUUAAGAAUUAUCAACAAUUUGAACAAACAUUUGCAGUUCCAAUAAAUAAUAUUUAUGCGAAUAUUCAAAUGACUUCGCGUGCGCGUCAACAAAAUUUUUUAUUUCACUAAAACAAAUUUUCAGAGUAAAUGAUAGAGAGAAACUCCUUCACUUAUUGCAAAAGUUCUUUGUGUGUACAGCUUCGUAUCUUUCCAAAA